AUGAAGCUCCUCGUAACAUUAUUCGUGUUCUUCUCGUGCGGUAUUCUUUACGUCAAGGCAAGGGUGGAUGGAAAUGAAAAUAUCCGCGGGCUCGGUCCUGUGAACGGCGAUCCCAACGACAAAUACUAUUACGGACAGGAGGAUUAUCUCGAGGCCAUCUCUGUACCGAAGGCUUGGAGUAUCCUGGACUCUAUACCAAAGAGAACGCAG